AUGGCGUCCUCAAUCCAACCAGGAGACCACAAGGAAUUCAUGCGCCUGGCCCUCUCCUUGGCCCAAAAGUCGCCUCCAAAACCUACCAACUACCGGGUGGGAGCCGUCGUCGUGGAUGUCCCCUCCAACACCAUUCUGGCGACCGGGUACACCUUGGAACUAGAAGGCAACACGCAUGCCGAACAAUGUUGUUUCAUGAAACUGGCCCAUCAGCAUGGUGUCCCCGAGGAGAAGCUGGGUGAGGUCCUGCCCUCAGACUUGGCUCUCUACACCACUGUUGAGCCGUGCUCCAAGCGCUUGAGCGGGAACUUGCCAUGUGUGGAGAGGGUGCUGAGGCUGGCUGGAUGUAUCAAGACGGUCUAUGUUGGGAUUCUGGAACCUGAAAAAUUUGUUCAGGAAAACACGGGGAGGAAGUCUCUGAAGGACGCCGGCAUCGAGGUUGUUCAUGUCGAGGGAAUGGAAAAGGAGAUUUUGGACGUUGCUACAGCUGGGCACGUCAAGGAGUGA